AUGAACCAGGGGAGGCGAGUUGGGGGUGUCGUUGGUUGGGGAGCUGUGGUGGUGGUGCGGGAGAUUGUCUGGCGCGGAGGGCGCGGUCGCACAGGUUCUAGCGGGCCGCGACGACGGCUGCAAGUCAGAAAAGCAGGCAGUGCAGUGCAGACGCGAGGGUUGGGUGCGGCAGGCCAAGGGAUGGGGGGGUUGGGUGCGGCGUCGGACAGCAGACGCGGUGCAGUGCGGUGCGGUGCGGCGCUCGCAGACGUUCUCGAAGGCGCGUGGAGAAUGUUGCGCGUGGAGAAAGAGGCGCGGAUGGGAGACCCAGAGGAUUGGAAACGAAAGGGAGGAGAGGGUUGCGGCGGGCGGGCGAUUACUUUACUAUUCCGCGCCCGAACUCCCAAAGCGGCGCACGGACUGGGAUUUGUGCCUGCUCUGGCACGCUGCGGGCUGCUGGGGCCGCGCUGGGCAGAGGCGGAUCGCAGAGCCAGCCGUGCUCUAGCGCGAGGGCGAGGGCGACGGCGACGACUGUGGAGAGGUGCAGCGCGCGAGCGCGGCAGGCCGGACGGCAGCCAGGGACGCACGCAGGCGCAGACGCCGACGCAGCACGACGAACAGCCGCGGGCAGCAAAACGUGCGCCGGCACGAGGAGCCUGUGUGCAGCGUCGCACCGUGCCGCUGUGCUGCGCAGCGGCUGCAGCGCUCUGCUUCGGGCGGCGGCGUGCUGGGGUGCGCGACUGGGCGGGCAUGGGCAGCGCAGCAGCCCAGCUCCAGCAGCUCGAAUGGCGUUUUGUGCGGGCCGAGCGAGCCAAGCUGUCCGGGAAGACACUUUUGAUGCGGGAGUCGCCGCCGCCCCUUGCAACAUGCACGCGAGAGGCCUGCACGAUCCGCCUAGCCUCGCUGCGCCAAACCGCCCACCGCCCACCGCAUGCCAGCGCCCACCGCAGCAACCCAGGCCUGCCACCGCCGACGUCCCCGUCCACAUGCUGGAUCCACCCUCCGCCCAGACUGCCUGCGGGCUCGCCGGCGACCACUCGCCGCCGCUGCGCACCAUGCGCGCUUCCACGUUGCUGCUCCACCCCUCACCCGUUCGCUCAGAGGUGUGCGCACCGCCCAGGGCCCACACCCGCCGGCCGCUCCCACGCUGCUGCCCUGCUGCCCUGCUGCCGGCCGCCAUCCUUCUGCCCUACCUCCCAACCUGCUGUGCGCGUCGUCGCGUGGUGCCGUCGGCCUGCCUGCUCCGUCCAUUCUGCCCGUCUGGGCGCCGUCUCCGCUCGGCCCUUCGCACACGCCCAUCCUGACCCCCAAGAUGAGGAUGCGCGACGGCCACCUGGGCCACCUGGCCUCCGAGGCCAACCAGCUGCGUCCCGCUCCCUGGGCGGCGGGUAG